UAUUAUGGUCUGGGCUGCGCUGGCUGCUGCUUUUCUGCUGCCAGCGGCCGAGUAAACAUGGAGCUUUCAGCCGUCGGGGAGCGGGUGUUCGCGGCCGAGGCCCUGCUCAAGCGCCGCAUCCGCAAAGGGCGCAUGGAAUAUCUCGUGAAAUGGAAAGGCUGGUCUCAGAAGUACAGCACCUGGGAACCUGAGGAAAACAUUCUGGAUGCCCGGCUGCUUGCAGCCUUUGAGGAAAGGGAACGAGAAAUGGAGCUAUACGGCCCCAAAAAGCGAGGCCCCAAACCCAAAACCUUCCUGUUAAAGGCACAGGCAAAAGCAAAAGCCAAAACCUAUGAAUUCCGCAGUGACUCUGCCAGGGGGAUCCGGGUGCCAUAUCCUGGUAGAUCACCCCAGGAGCUGGGCUCCACUUCCCGGGCAAGGGAAGGACUGAGAAACAUAGCUCUGCCCGCCCAGGGCAGUCCCAGCACCUUGAGGGGUGAGAGCAUCCGGGACCGGGUUGAGAGAAUGGAAGAUAAACCUGGAGAGAUCCCUAAAAAGAGAGGCCCAAAGCCUAGGAAAGAGCAUUACAAGGACUUGCCAGAGGCUCUGGAUGUCUCCAAGAGGAAAUUAUGUGAGCCAGGGGACAAGAUGGGGGACUACCUCAAAACCAGGAAAAUAGAGGAGACCAUUCCUGGGGUAGCGAAGUUUGGCUCAGGACACAGUGUGAUCCAGCUGGCCAGGAGGCAGGAGCCUGACCUCUCUGGUGCCAUGUCCCCCCCCAAUAGAGCAGAGGCUGGCAUGAAGCUGGGAGCCUCAGAGACUUACUCACCUAGGGUCACCAAGCACAGGUCAGACUUUUUGGACCCCAAGGGGCAAGAUGGAUUGGACCCUGGCGGCCCUAAGAUCAUGCACAGCUCCACAGACCAGGGCUCUAUGGGAAGCUUGUACCGAGACAGUGUGGGGACUCAGUCUGGCAGACCCUCCCUCAUUGCCAGAAUCCCUGUCUCCAGGAUUCUGGGGGACCCGGAAGAGGAGUCCUGGAGCCCAUCUCUCAACAACCUGGAGAAAGUGGUGGUGACUGAUGUGACAUCUAACUUUUUGACGGUUACAAUUAAAGAGAGCAGCACGGACCAAGGAUUCUUUAAAGAAAAGCGAUGAGUGUUUGCAGGAUAGAUCCGGAGAUAAAGGCUUGGUUAGAGCUUGGUGGGUUUUUUUUCCCAGGACAGGACCUAGAAACUGUCUUAAUUUUUUCUGCUUGCAUUUUUUUCUCUAGUUUUCUGUUUCAUUGAAAGAUUAUCUCUAGAGUUAUAUUUUCUAUUAGAUGUAAAUAUGUUAUUUAAGAAAAAUACCUAUAUAUAUAUAUCUAUAUAUCUAUAUAUAUAUAUAUAUAUUUCAACUCUAAGUUGUUUUAUUUAAAUGGAGACUGAACAGUGACUGCUCAGUUGCUCUUAGGAAGGACAAUAAAACAGAACUAACAAGUUCAUGUAUCUGUUGCAGGAGCCAGUGUAUAUAGUGAAUGAUGUUUGUAGCUAAUUAUGUUUUGGGGUUUUAUUAAUUAUGGUUUUUUCAUAAGAUGCUCUUGAUGAUGCGUGGGGAAGUUGUAUCCCUUUCAGGGCAAAAUGCUCUGGUUUCUUGAUUGUGAUAUAAGGUGUUGCUUGUACAAUCAAGUGUGCUGUAUCCAGACCUGUCAGCCUGGACAGCUGAAAUAAGCACUUGAAUUUACAGUAUUGUUGGGUUUUGUUUCCAAUUGGG